AUUAUCACUUAAAUGAUGAAAAAAAUAUUACCUUUGGCAUUGUUUACAAGUUACAAUAAAUGCGUUGCAAAAAAUCUUAGAUUAGAAGUUCUUAAUGGAAAUUAAGAUGAUUACUAAUGCUAUUAAGUAGAAAAAGGACAUUAUUUAAAUUAAUUUUUGAUCAAUAUUGAAUAAUUUACAUAAAAUUUAAAAGAGACAAUAAAUGACUGUAAAUCGAAAAAAAUGAAAGCAAUAUGGAUAUAAUUAGAUUAAAAUUAAUUAGCUCUUGCUGAAAAAUUAAUUGAAUAAGGAUUUUAGAUGCAUCAUUGCACAUAAAAUUAUUUAUUAUUUUCAUAAUGGAUAAUUGAAAAUGAAAAAAGUAGAUUGCCAAAUUAUACAACUCAUUAAGUUGGAGCUGGGGGUUUAAUAAUUAAUAAUAAUUAAAUUUUAUUAAUAUAAGAGAAAAAUGGAGCAAAAUAAGGAUUAUGGGGAAUUCCAGGUGGUUUAGUUGAUGAUGGAGAAUUAGUUGCAGAAGCAGCUAAGAGAGAAGUUAAAGAAGAAACAGGUUUAGAUGUUGAGCCAUAUGAUUGUUUUUUCUUUAGAGAUUUACCUAUAGCUAAUUAAUUUUAAGGAGAUCUUUAUUUUGUAAUUUUGAUGCGAAUGAAAAAUCAAUAAUAAAAAGUUUAGAUAUAAGAAUAAGAAAUAUAGAAUUUUAAAUGGGUUGAUAUAAAUAAUCUUUAAGAAGUAUUUAACUGAUGACAAUUAAUUAGUUUUUAUAGAUGAAUAAAUUUGGAAUUACUUAAUAAAGAUUAAUGCAAUCUAUUAUCCAGUUUUCAACAUCAAAUCGAUUUGGUACUCAACUUUUUAGUAUGGAUAUGAAACCAAGAGUAAUGUAUGGUAAAGAGAAAAAAUAUUGUUUAUUUAAGCCUAAUUUAUGA